UUCAGUGACCCUCAACCUCCCGGUCAGCUAUCGAGCUGGUGGGUAACAGACGUCUCCGAAAACGUCGAAGCACUUUUGCAAAUAUGCGAUGUCUUGAUAAACCGAGCAGAUAUUUGAAGUUUGCACAGCUACUUCUUGAAAACAUGUUAAGUUUAUUUUGUGACUCAGAAAGAUUAAUAAGACUAAUUUUAAAACUUAGUAGCGGCCGCCAUUGUUGGAAACUGGAGUUUGGCUGGGCCGCGCCAUGAAUUCUGGGAUCCCAGAACCCAUCCUUCAAAUUUGGGGAAAAGGAGGACGCAUUUGUCGGCUGGAUUCGGAGGAGUCUACGAAUUUGGACAGCCUUCGGCGCGUCGCUGUGACGUAAUCGGUCCACAAAUGCGGCCUCAGGAGGAUGCAGCCCAUGAAUUUGGACACGACCGUUGGGAUGCGCAUGUGCAGACAGACUGCGCGACCGGCGGGCCUUGAACUUUUUAAGGGAAAAACACUUUCUCACAGACGGUGACAGCGAAGCGGAUAACAGUCUCGAGUACCUGCUGGUCUUUGAAGCUCUGGAUUCUGGGACUGUUGGAAAAGCUCCAACAAAAUGAGGACGAGGAGGGAGAAACACAAUUAGACUGAAUUACGAUUGGAUGGAUGUCGAGGACAAGGAGGAGGAAGCUUAGGAUGAGGAGGAAGAAAAGCAGCAGGAGCAUCUUUAGGGAUCUCUAUGAUGUCAUUGAGAGGCGGCGGCGAGAGGGGAGACCUCGGCUCAUCCAGCUGGACAGCCUGACCAGGAGGAGCCGAACAUUAACUCGGGUCUUCCAGGGCACCCUGCAGACUCGGCUGCUGGCAUUGGCGAGAGAGUGCGGCCGCGGCUGGGAUGACGUGAACGCCAAACAGGAGUCCAUCACAGGUCGACUGCAGCUCCUUGUCUCAGAGUGGGAGGGGUUUGAAGCACAAAGGGAGGAGCUUGUCAUUUGGUUGGCUGUUAUGGAUGUCCACCUGAGUGAGGUUGACCAGCUGACAGGAAACACCUGUGGAAAAACUGAAACAACUGCAGGUGUGGGGUUGUUUUGAUAUGACAUAUAUUUGAUAUGAUACACACGUCAGAGACAUUAUCCUAAACUGGACUAACAAAGGACCAUGAGUCCAACAUGAAACUUACUUUACAUAACGUAAGGCUGAAGUUCAUUGAUAAUUUUAAUCAAAAACUUGUUGCUGAAAUAUUUUUACUGAACAUGCAAACAUCUGCUGAUGAAAAUGUGUUGAUUUAUUGGUCUGUUAUGAAGCUACUGCUAUUUCUAAUGUGUUUUUAUCACUUUCUGAUGUUUUAUUGAACAAUACAUGUAUUAAUUGUGUUAUCUAUAGAUAUAGUAUUUAUAUAUAUUUAUUUAUAGUAUAGCAAAUAUAUUUAAUUAUUAGUGUUUAAAUGACUAAUAUGUGACAUGUAUUAGUUGUGAUGUUGUGCUGAGGGUUAAAAUGCCUUUUUGUCUUUUGGUAUAUUAUGAAAUGACAAACCAUUAAUGUCUAUGCUGUGCUCGUGUUUAUUUU